ACAGUACCAGAAAGUACUUUAGUUAUAAUAAUAUAGUUUUCUUUUUGAAAUUUUAUAAUAGUUUCAUUUAAUAAAUAUUUUAUUUUAGCAUGAUAUAUAUAAUAUAUUUUAUUACUUUUAAAUAUUUAUUAUGUUAUAUAUGAUUAUGUUUUAAAGGAAAUACUAUUGUUUAAUAUCAAGAUUAGUUUUGUAGAAUUCCCUUUUUAUUAAACCAUAUUAUGUAUAAUAUAUAUUUACGUUUUAAGUUUUAUCAUUUUUCAUUUAAUAAUUAUUGUAUUUUAUUAUAAAUGUUAUUCAGAAAGGAUAUAAAGAAAAAAGAAACUAAAACUAAAAAAAAAAUUAAUAAUGGUAAUUAUAUAUAAUAUUUUUAGUUCAUCAGUGAUACUUUUAUUGUAAUAAUAUUGGACACUUAGAAGAAUGACCAGCAUUUGCAAAUUAUUUGGAAGACAUUAAGACCUUGAGAGAGAGUUUUUUUCGAUCAGAGAUCAUUUAUGUACCAAGGACGCAAAAUUCAAAGGCGGAUAGUCUAGCACGCAGUGCCAGGAAACAAUCGUCUUUCGUCGUUCACAUGGAUCAAGAUCUCCCGGUGUGGUUCACAGAAUCAAAAUGAGUCUGUUUUUUAUGAUAAAAAUAUAUAUAUAUAUAUAUAUAUAUUGGACACUUAGAAAAAAUAACUUCUCAAGAUAAUAUUAUAUAGAUAGAGAACAGACUCUAGAUUCCCGCUCCUUGACCAAGGGCAGCUUUACCGGAAUCUCAAAAUCAGUUUCUUAACCAUUUACUCAUUGUGGUGCAUCUUAUUAAUUCAUUAGGUUAUUUUUUCGAAUUUGGUUUGUUAAAGGCUUAUGUUCAUUCGGAUGAUGUGAAGAUCAUUCAAAGUAUCCCGGUGAAUCGGGUCUCACAUCCGGAUACAUAUUGUUGGCUUUUUACAAUUCCUGGGAGAUAUAUAGUAAAAUCAGGGUACGAUAUUGAGAGGUCAUACCCAGAUAAUGAAUCAACGAUAGAGGUGUAUGGACCAAAUAUCAAACCUUUCUCGGAAUAUACUUUGAAGCUUAAAUGUUUACCAAAACUGAAAUAUUGUUUGCAGACCAUUUCGAGGAGUUUACCGGUUACAAAUAAUUUAAAGACAAGAAGAAUUCAAUGUGACACGAGAUGCAAUAUAUGUGGAGCGGAUGAGAAAUCAAUAAACCAUAUAUUUCUUAAAAUUCCAUCUGCCAUUCAAACUUGGUCUUUGUCUAAGACUCCCUCAAAUCCGAUAUUUUUUUCUAACCACAUCAUUUUUUUUACGAAUAUAAAUAAUCUUUUCUGGAGACUUCUGAAAGAUUGUGAUUUUAACUAUUUUCCUUGGAUUAUGUGGUACAUAUGAAAAAAUUGUAAUGCCAAAAUUUACAAAAUACAAAUGGGAACCCUCAAGAAAUUUUGCGUGUUGCAGAAAUAGAGGCCACAAUCUGGGCUGAAGUCCAACUUAUGUAGUUGACAAUAUCAGGAGAUGGUUUUGUGGCGGAACCCGAACAUCGAGAAUAGGAUGGGCAAUGGUGUUAUGUAGAUGAUUCAUGAAAGGAUCAAGAUAAAUUUAUAGGACAAGAAUGGUACUCAUUUACUAGGGAGUCAAUAGUAAGAUUAUGAGGUCAAUGAUUAUUCGACAUAGCCUGUCAACUUUUACAUACUGAAUGUGAAGCUUUGGUUUGGACAAUAGAAUGUAUAAUGAUCAUGCAGUUAUUCGAGGUGAUGUUUGCAACAUACUAUUAUCAAUUGAUGAAUAUGGCAUCUAUAGAAUGGCCAUCUUUCGCAUCGCUCAUGGUGGAAAUACAAUAACGUAAGACGUUCUCUUAAUCCAACAUAUCCUGAAAACAAAAGAAAAUAUACUGGCAGACAAACUUACAAGAAAUGCUCGAAACUCUCCUUCGGAUGUGUACUAUGUUGGCUCUUCUACUCCAGUUCGGGUUUCUUGGUGUCAUCUUUAGGUUGUAGUUUUCUUUAUUGGUCAUUGUUGUAAAAAUAGAAUUAUACUAAAAAAAUGUAAUAAAGCUAUAAGUUUGAAAACUCAACAUUCCACUUACUAUUUUCGCUUAAAUUUAUAAUUCAAUGAAAAAAUAGACCUUCAGUAUCUUUCUCCGUAGCCCACUAGAGCAAUUUCUAUAAAUACACUGGCCAAGUAAAUUUAUCGUUUCCGACAAAACAAGAAGUCCCAAGAUAAUAACACACUCAAAAAUCCAGAUGAAGAAGUUGUCGUUUAUUGCUUAUAGUUUCACCUUCGUCACAUUAUCAUCGAUCUUAACUACUCAAGCCUUUCGUCACAGUCCCGUUCAACCGCCAAAAGCAAACGCAAACGCUGAUGUCAACCCCAAAGAAACGCUCGCAGUUCACAACAAGGCCAGAGCCUUAGUUGGAGUUGGUCCAAUGGUGUGGAACGAAACUCUAGCGACGUAUGCACAGAGCUACGCAUACGAACGAGCGAGAGACUGCGUCAUGAAGCAUUCGUCGGGACCUUACGGUGAGAAUCUUGCAGCUGGUUGGGGAAUGAUGAACGGUCCGGUCGCAACAAAGUAUUGGAUGACGGAGAAGGACAAUUACGAGUAUGCCAAUAACACAUGUGAUGGUGGUGAGGGUGUUUGUGGACACUACACUCAGAUCGUGUGGCGUGACUCAGUCCGACUUGGUUGUGGCUCGGUUAGGUGUAAGAAUGAUGAGUAUAUUUGGGUGAUUUGUAGCUAUGAUCCUCCCGGGAAUUAUAUCGGUCAACGUCCUUAUUAAUGAUUCUGGUUUCAUAACGAAUUAAAAAGAUACUAUGUGGUAACUUUGUUUCUUAAAGAAAAUUAAUAGAAUGACUUUUUUCUUUAGAACGCUUUAAUUUGCAAAAUGCCACAAGUUUUGGAAUGAUAAUUUGUGUAGUCCAGUUUACGACUAUCUGCUGAAAUGCGUCAGUUACUCAUAUCAUUUUUGUAACUACAUUAAUCUUUGAUCAAAUUGUUUUAUUAAAAAAUCAAAACUUUUGAUUCCAAUGGUUAAAAUUUUUAGGUUUCUAAGAAAUAUCUUUUCUACUAUUAAAUUAUUUGAAGUCGAUCCAAACUAUCGAUGAUUAAAUAUGUACUGGACUACAUUCAGAGCUAUAUCGAUUGUGUUCUUAAUUAUUUAAAAACAACUGAACUGA